CUGUGCCGAAGGCGGCGGAGUUCCCCACCGCCUCGCCUGAGGUCGGCUGCAGGUGAGAAGACAGGCAGGCAGGCAGGCAGUGAGGCAGUUGCCCCUCCUUCCCUCCCUCCUUCCAAGACCUCGCCUGCUCCAUCCUCCUCUGUGGCCAGCUUUGCGCGUGAAGUGGCUCCUCUGAGCCCGACCUCUUCUUACGCUCUUUCCUGGGUUUGGAAGAAGAUGCUGAGAUUCCACAGAGCAACUGAAGCUUUAAGAAGAGCUCACCUUUGAUGAAGGAGUAAUUGCUGGACAUCAGCCGUGAUGAGGCUACUCCGAAGGCAUUAUGGCCCACUAAAGCUAGCUUUGGUGGGUGUUGUCUUUGUAAUCUUCCUCUUCAUAAUGCAAAGAGAUGUUGGCAAUGGGGAACAAAAGGAGGAGCCAUGGCUGAAAAAUAUUGUGGAGAGGAAAGACCAGAUGAUAGAUAUAAUGAUGGGAGCUGUCAACAAUAUCCGUGACUCUAUGCCAAAGCUGCAGAUCCGGGCACCUGCUCAACAAGAGGCACUUGAGCAGGACAGCAAGUCUUGCUUGCCAGGCUAUUAUACACCAGCAGAACUGAAGCCCUUCAUGGAGCGUCCUCCCCAGGACCCCAAUAGCCCUGGUGCUGAUGGAAAAGCUUUUAAGAAGGACCAGUGGACACAAGAUGAGACAAAGGAGAGAGAACAUGGAUAUGAGAAGCACUGUUUUAAUGCCUAUGCCAGUGACCGCAUUUCUCUUCAGAGGGCUCUCGGACCUGACAGCAGGCCUCCAGAGUGCAUCGAUCAAAAGUUCAAACGCUGCCCACCCCUUCCGACUACCAGUGUCAUUAUUGUCUUCCAUAAUGAAGCUUGGUCCACGUUGCUUCGCACUGUCUAUAGUGUGCUGUAUUCUUCUCCAGCUGUACUGUUAAAGGAAAUCAUUCUUGUAGAUGAUGCCAGUACAGAUGAUUACUUGAAAGACGAGUUGGACAACUAUGUGAAGCAAUUGCAGGUAGUCAAAGUUGUCCGGCAGUUGGAGAGAAAGGGCUUAAUAACUGCCCGAUUGCUUGGUGCCAGUGUUGCCAAGGGUGAUGUCCUCACUUUCUUGGAUGCUCAUUGUGAAUGUUUCCAUGGAUGGUUAGAGCCUCUCCUAUCGCGCAUUGCUGAAGAGCCCACAGCUGUGGUCAGUCCAGAUAUCACCACCAUUGACCUGAACAGCUUUGAAUUUUCCAAGCCCAUCCAAUAUGGGAAGCAACACAGUCGGGGAAACUUUGAUUGGAGUCUUACUUUUGGCUGGGAGGCCAUCCCUCAACAUGAGAAGCAGAGAAGAAAAGAUGAGACCUACCCAAUCAAGACUCCUACAUUUGCCGGCGGUCUCUUUGCCAUUUCCAAGGCCUAUUUUGAACAUAUUGGCUCCUAUGAUGAUCAGAUGGAAAUCUGGGGAGGGGAAAAUGUAGAGAUGUCUUUUCGGGUUUGGCAGUGUGGAGGCCAGCUGGAGAUUAUUCCCUGCUCCGUAGUUGGCCAUGUGUUCCGUUCCAAGAGUCCACACACCUUCCCCAAAGGGACUCAAGUCAUUUCUAGGAAUCAAGUGCGCUUGGCAGAAGUCUGGAUGGAUGACUAUAAGGAAAUCUUCUACAGAAGGAACCAGCAGGCUUCCCAGAUGGCCAGAGAGAAAACAUAUGGAGACCUCAGUGAGCGACUGCAGCUGAAGGAACAGUUACACUGCAAAAAUUUCACUUGGUAUCUACAAACUGUUUAUCCUGAAAUCUUCAUUCCAGAUCUUACUCCAGCUUUCUAUGGAGCGAUUAGAAAUGAAGGUGCCCAGCAGUGCCUGGAUGUUGGAGAAAACAAUCAUGGUGGAAAACCUUUAAUUUUGUAUCCCUGUCAUGGAAUGGGAGGCAACCAGUAUUUUGAAUACACAUCCCAGCGAGAUCUGCGGCACAACAUUGGCAAGCAGCUCUGCCUUCGAGCCAAGAAGGGGGCUGUUGAGUUGGGAGACUGUCACUAUACAGGGAAACACUCCCGAGUGCCAGAAAAUGAAGAAUGGGAAUUGACGCAUGAUCACCUGCUUAAGAAUGUAGCAAUUAACUGGUGUUUGUCUGCAAGAGGUGAGCAUCCAUCCAUGGCUCCCUGCAACACUGCAGAUGCUCAUCAGAUUUGGCACUUCAGCUAAAGCAGUCCAAGAAAAAGACCAAAGCAGCUCUGGAAUGCAUCUCCUGUCAAAGCUCCCAUUCUUCUGAACUUGCUUUCUAGCAACAGAGGGUAUAUUUCAGGAAAUGAGAGGGGGAACCAAGUUGCUGCAUAACCCAAAAUUUGCCUGUAACACUCUUGUGCCUUUUGCAAUAAGGUCAAAACAGCCAACAUUGGUAUAUCAGUUUAUUUGGGCUUUCUUGAUAAAAAUAAUAAUUACAAGCUGGUAUGUUUGCUCUUUAGAAUACUAGAUGGAUUAUCAGAGUUCCAGACUCUGAGAGGCAAACUAUGCUAUAUGGCUGUAGAGAAAAAAUGGCCAUCAGCCAGAUGUGGACUCAUACAUUUCCCUAAGUUGUACGUUGUGAAUAUUAUAGGAAGUAGUGCUUUGAGGUUCCGUCCUAAGGAAUAAAUUGUCUGUGUAUAGUUAGAGAAUAAUUGGAUGCCAAAGAUAAUGACUUUACUCUGUUACGUAGAAAACACGGCUUCUGACAAUACUGAGCAUUGGGAGGAGAAAUCUCCGUAAUUCUAAUGCUUUCUCAGAUGUCUCAAAGGUCUUUGCACUGACAUGCAGGUGAGCAGCAAGUAAACCUCUGCUUCCGAAGGCUCAGUGCAGCCACCUGCAAUUAAAAUAGCAAAUGCUGGCCUGCAGUAUUGUUGUGUGACUGAAAUCCUAGCCCUUUUGCACAGGCCAUGGGCCGUGUUUUACCUCAAGCUUCGGAAUCUUUGCCAGCAUGCUGCAGGUAGCAGCUGAUGAUUCUGUGGAAGAAUUAAAACUGUGUCCUCUAGCUGUUCAGUUUGUUCUCUUCAGAGCUGUUCGGUCCUCUCUCAGGAAAUUGAAGAGAAGGAAUCCCUUCCCCAUAUCUGAGCUUGAUGUGCCUUUUAAUUCUCCUAAUAACCCCUGCGGUCUCGGCCUUCAGAAGGAUGCAACUUGCUUCCAUUCUUCAUGGCCCCAGCCUGGCUUUCCCUAGACUGCACUGGUGUUAACAUCCUGCAGUGGGAGAUGGUAUGUGGCUUGAUUUCAGAUACAUCCCUAGCCUUAGUGGUACACUGCAAUGCCAGGAAUAAGGAAAGCUGCUAAUGUGCCUUUAAAAAAACAAAACACUAGGAAGCAGGAAGCUGUCUCCCAUGAGAAACCAGCUGCCAAAUGAAUUGCUUAUUUACUUCAGUGGAUGGAAGUUAAAGCAGUGCAAAACCCCAAAUUUGUGUCUGUGUGUGUGUCUGUAUAUUUGUGUUUGCAUUUUGUCGAUGAGAAAAUACCCACUAGGAAAGCAACUUGAGUAAAGUGAUCAUGGUUACUGCUAAUCAAAGGGAUCUGCUGGACCAAAAAAUUGCCCUUAUUAUUUGUUUGUAAUGUUUCUAAGAAAACAUUCAGAUGUACAUUUCUUGAAUUUUCUGAGAUAAGGGAAACAAACAGCAGCUUUUUUAUAACUGACAAUGCUGGUAAUACUUGUGACUUACUUAUAAAUAAUUAGCAUGUUCACCUUCAAUGGAAGGUAUAAGUCUAAAGGGAAAAAUAGAUUUUGGAUUUUUGUAAGUACUGGGUAUUUUAUGAGCACACCACACUUUUAAUCGCCGAUUGGUUGACAUUACAGAUCAAAACCUAUCUGCGUGAUUCCAUCUUUCCAUUUUAAAAGGACAAGGCUGGUUUCCAUACAAUUCUUUUAGCAUUUUCGAAGAACGGAGACAGGGUGAAAGGACUUAGAUUUUGAAUGCAGGAGCUAGCAGUAGAAGUUUUGGUUCAUUUGCUGGAAAUUUUUUCAGUUGAAACAAAGUCUUGCUCUGGUAAUCUUGACUGGAAA